AAGUGCUUUUUAUGAGUUUGCAUGCACUGAGAGCUCUAGAGGGAGGGUCCAGUGCGAGCAGAGUUUUUAUGUCUGGGUUUUCAUUCACUGGAUGCUCAGUGGCCCUUGAACAGCUUGGAAUUAACUGCUGACCGGCUGGCUAACAGGUGGCGCUUCGGGGGAACAGUGAGAGCACUGUGUGGAGUGCGGAGACAUUUGGAGGACUGUAGCCGGACCCAGCAGCAAUGUCGAGGAGGAUCCAGACGGGGUUGCUUAUCCUGGUUCUCUUUGCCGGGAGCCUGGACGCCUGGCUGUGGUACACAGCGCCAAAGGCCACCACGGAGGCCCCGGCCGAAGAGACGCCGCCGCCAGGAACGACGCCCGCCGCGACUGCUGACAGCACGCGGAAGAAGGAAGAGGAGGAGGACGACAACUUGUCAGGGGUCGGGGAAGAAAUCCUCAACGUUGCCACAGGAAUCCGUAAGUUUGUCGAGGCGUGGGACGCGACCCCGACCGCCAGGACUACUAACGGAGGCCUGACAGAGAAGGUGGAGAGUGCUAACCCUAACACGACGGGCAUCUCUUUGCUCCAGCUAAUCGGCGACCCGCCGCCGGAUGAGAUCGGCCGGAGCUACGGGCCGGGCGGAGAAACGGCCUACGUCUUCACCCCCACGGUGGUGUCGGGCCAGCCGGCCCGGGCCCACGUCCCCAACCCCUUCCACCGCCACUUCUCUCUCCUCUUCCAUAUCAAGCCUUCCACUCCCGCCGCCGCCGUCCUCUUCUCCAUCACUGAUGGGGCCCAGAAGCUCAUGUACAUUGGCGUCAAGCUCAGCGCGGUGCGGUCCGGCCAGCAGGCGGUGCAGUUCUUCUACACCGAGCCCGACUCGGAGGCUUCGUACCAGGCGGCCAGCUUCCAGGUGCCGAGCCUGGUGGACACCUGGAGUCGCUUCUCGCUCGCCGUCUUCGAGGAGCAGGUGACGUUCUACAUGGGCUGCGACUCGGAGCCGCAGGUGGUGAAGUUUGAGCGUUCGCCGGAUCCCAUGGAGCUGGACACGGGCUCCGGGAUCUUUGUGGGUCAAGCAGGAAGAGCCGACGCCGACAAGUUUCAGGGGGAGAUUGCAGAUGUGAGAGUGGUGGGAAACCCUCGGGCGGCCGAGCGUUUGUGUGACGACGAGGACGACUCUGACGCUGCGUCUGGGGACUUUGGCAGCGGCGACGGCGACAGGAGACAAACAGGACAAACUGUGAAGACCACACCUGCUUCCCUCCGACCGGUACCUGAACCCCCCCUGAUAUCCUCACACGGAACCAGACUCAAAGAAACAGACGUCAGGUUUCAGCAGCCGUCGGUGGACAGCAGCCGGCCCGGAUCACCAGGCCCGAGAGGUCCCGGCGGCGCUAAAGGGGAGAAAGGCGACAAAGGAGCGAAAGGCUCAGUGGGGGACACGGGCCCCGCAGGGCCAAAGGGAGACUCCGGCUCCAGCACCAGUUCCUCCGGUUCGUCCUCUCAGGGCGGAGAACGCGGACUGAAGGGAGAAAAAGGUGCAAAGGGUAGUUCUGGCUUUGGAUACUCCGGCAAUAAAGGAGAUCGUGGGUCCCCGGGGCCUAUGGGGCCACCCGGUCCCCCCGGUCCUGCAGCAGAGGUAGUUCGGCUCGGGGAUGGCUCUGUGGUGCAGCAGGUGUCUGGACCCCCCGGGCCACCGGGACCACCCGGGUCGGACGGGGCCCAAGGACCUGCAGGAACCAAUGGAGAACCUGGCGAUCCAGGGGAGGAUGGAAAAGCUGGUCCCGCUGGGCCACGAGGGUUACCAGGAAAUACAGGAUCUGCUGGACUUAAGGGCCAAAAGGGGGAGGUUGGAGAGGGUCAACCCGGACCCAGAGGCCCCCCGGGUCUACCAGGACCGCCCGGACCGGGCACCGGGGACCGACCCACGUUCUUUGACAUGGAGGGCUCGGGAUUCCCAGACCUGGACAAGAUCCGGGGUACCCGUGGUCCUCCAGGCCCCCCAGGCCCCCCCGGCCCCCCUGGUGUCUCAGUGGCUCUGGGACCCAACGGCCCCGUAGCGUUUGGACCCCCUGGACCUCCAGGACUGGACGGAGCCCCCGGUCUGCCAGGCCCCCCUGGUCCUGCCGGCAGACCGGGUCAACCCGGACUCCGAGGAGAGAAGGGGGACUCUGGUGAUCUUGGUGUUCCAGGUACAGCUGGAGCAAAGCGAAACUCGCAAGACUCCAACUUUUUCACGGACUUGUUUUCUUACUUUGCUCCAUCCUCUACGGGUGCUCAGGGGGAUGUAGGACUGCCGGGUACAUCGGGGCAGAUCGGGCUGGCAGGGCUUCCAGGUCCCAUGGGACCAGUCGGGCCCCCUGGACCUCCCGGGCCCCCGGGGCCACCGUACGGCGUUGAUGGCUACGAGACGAACAACGGCUGGUCUGGACUCAGUGGCCCACCUGGACCACAGGGUCCAGCUGGUAUCCCAGGGCUGCCUGGUAGGGCAGGUUUGCCUGGUAACCAUGGGGACAAAGGAUCAGAGGGACCAAGAGGACCUCCCGGGAUACCCGGUCUCGACGGGUUCACAGGACAGCCGGGGGAAAAGGGAGACAGAGGAGAGAAAGGAGAGAGGGGUCUGCCAGGGCGAGACGGAGUGCUACCUGGACCUCCAGGGCCCCCCGGACCUCCAGGACAAGUCAUCUACCAGUCAAGCGAUUAUAAUGAUCUUUAUUGGAGCGAAGGGUUGCAGGGAGGAAGUGGUAUUCCGGGUCGAGCAGGAUUCCCGGGGCCCUCUGGACCAAAAGGAGAAAAGGGAGACUCGGGUCCUCCAGGAUAUGCACCUAAAGGGGAGAAGGGGGAGCCUGGUCUCAUCCUGGGGCCUGAUGGGAGACCCCAGUACCUCGGUGGUUUGGCAGGACGGCCGGGCGAUAGUGGACCCCCUGGCCCUGUGGGACCUCCAGGUCCUGCUGGUCCCCCCGGCCAUAAGGGAGAGAUUGGGUUUCCAGGUAGACCGGGUCGACCCGGGCUGAACGGCGCCAGAGGAGAGAAGGGAGACUCAGGUUCAGCAUCUGGUUUCCCUGGUCUUCCAGGUCCACCGGGUCCCCCUGGACCUCCUGGACCCUUUGUUCCCAGCGACAGGCUCGGAGGAUUGGAUGAUUACUCCAGAUAUUUCCAAGCUGUUAAAGGAGAGAAAGGUGAUCGUGGACUACCAGGGACACUUGAAAUCCAAGGCGCGGGGGGGUCCAUUGACAUUUACACAUUACGGAACGAGUUGAAAGGUGAAACGGGCAGCCCAGGCUACAAAGGAGAGAAAGGAGAACCAGGUGGAGGAUAUUACGACCCCCGCUACGGAGGGAGCGGAGUCGGAGCCCCAGGAGCGCCUGGGCCUCCUGGCCCAAGAGGCGACUCAGUCGUUGGCCCACCCGGCCCCCAGGGACCACCUGGUCAACCAGGGAGAGGCUACGAUGGGCAACCUGGGCCACCGGGGCCGCCUGGACCCCCAGGACCAUCCUUACCUGGAAGUUACAGGGGCACACAGACUAUCAAUAUUCCCGGACCACCGGGACCACCUGGGGUGCCUGGACUACCAGGACAGUCAUCAGGGGUGACGGUGUUUAAGUCGUAUGACAUCAUGAGAUCCAGUGCUAGGAGACAACCUGAGGGCUCUCUGGUGUACAUCAUUGAGCAAACAGAUCUCUACCUACGGGUCCGAGGUGGGAUUCGUCAAGUCCAGCUUGGCAACUACAUAUCUCUAUCCAGUGAUGAUGGUAAUGAGGUUGCAGCUGUGGAGCCCCCACCGGUCGUACCCUACUCCCCAGACCGCCACUCCAACACCGACACCUCCGCCCACGGCUCCCAAAGGCCCCCUGACAGUCCGGUUCACCCGGGCUCUGGGGACCAGUCCCACCUGGACCCUCGAUACCCAAACCAACCUGAUCCCCGAUACCAACCUGACACGCGGUACCAGCCCGAUCCUCGGUUCCCACCACCCACAGAUCCCAGGUUUCCGAGCUACUCCGAACGGAUAAAUCAACCAGACGGUAGGUAUUCUGUCCACACGGCCCAGGAACACCCUGCGUACCCGGACACUCGCUACCCGGUCACCCCUCAGCGAAGACCACCACCUCCCGUGGCCCAGACUCCAGUCCACCAUCACACCUCAGGUCCUGGGCUCCACCUGAUCGCGCUGAACGUCCCUCAGACGGGCGGGAUGCGGGGCAUCCGCGGCGCAGACUACCAGUGCUUCACUCAGGCCCAGGCCAUCGGGAUGAAGGGAACCUUCCGGGCCUUCCUGUCCGCCAAACUCCAGGAUCUCCACAGCAUCGUCCGCAGGGCCGACAGGGACCGUUUUCCAAUAGUCAACCUGAAGGACGAGGUACUGUUCGACAGCUGGGAAGCCAUCUUCAACGGUGGCAGGAUGAAGGACAACGUGCCGAUCUACUCCUUUGAUGGCAAAGACGUUCUCAGGGACAACACAUGGCCAGAUAAGAUGACGUGGCACGGGUCGACCGGCGGCGGGCAGGCGCAUGCUGACAGCUACUGCGAGAUGUGGCGCGUGGGCGAGCGGGCGCUGAGCGGCAUGGCGUCGUCGCUGCAGAGCGGCAGCCUGCUCCAGCAGAGCUCCAGCAGCUGCUCCAACUCCUACGUCGUGCUGUGCAUCGAGAACAGCUACGUGGACCACGCCAAGAGAUAGAGACACACACACACACACGCUUUUCCAUCUAUUGUAAAUAAGGUUUUUUUUCUUAGAAUAAUUUGUUUGUUUGUUAGCCUCUCCUAUAGCGAAUGGUGCUACACGGGAUUAUACCAUGUUAGGGCUGCACGAUUGAGAUCACAAUUAUUUGUUCAUUUUAACCAACAUUUAUUUACUGUAACAUAGGCUAUUUAUAACUGCUUUCACAUCCAUAUUUUGCUACAUACGUUGAAGAUGUAUGCCCGUUAUCUACCAAACGAAAUAUCAACGAGGAUUUUUGUAACUCAUUACAGUGCAACUUACAUGUCUGCGCUGCAAUAACGUUACCUGCUGUGCAACGUGUUAACUGGAUUAACGAGGCUAAAAUGCAAAAACAAAAAAAUAACUAUGUCAGAGGCAUGGACCGCCGCAGGGGAGAUCCAAACAAGGGCACGGCUUUCCAGAAGAAAUAGGUCAUCUAAAUAAACAAAACCCGGAGCAUUCUACAAACGUGAUGACGCAUUUAAAAUAGCUUGAUCACGCAAAUUCAGUUAAUUGUGCAGUCCUCCAUUGUCUGCAUGACAAUCCCAUUUUGCUGGAAAGUCGCAACAAAUCUCUCCGCCGUGUCAUGUUGUAAACUCAGAUGCAUUCUGAUUGGCUGUCAGUGUUUCUGUCGUUCAAAUGUCGUUGCCGUUAUAGUUGCGGUGUGGACUCUGCCGUCCACUUGAGUUCUAGCGAUUUUUGAAAACUAUUUGUUUAUAGUCGUUGUUUGUGUGGACGGCCCGUAACACCCGCCAGCAGAGUUGUUGUUUGGGACUAAUCAGCUAAUAGUCGCUACAGAUAUUAAGUUAGCAUGCUUGGUGCUAGCUGGUAAAGUGUUGGGAUUUAGAAACAAUGACUACGUUUACAUGCACUUAACAUUCUGUAAUUUGCCCUUAUUCCAACUAAAUUUGUAUGACUAAUAAAGUUAAUCUUUCACUAAAUAUUAAGCGAGAACGCUGUGAACCCUCUGUGACAAAUAUGCAUCGUCAACUUCUGUUUUUGCUGCUGACACACAUUAUGGGAAGGGUCCUUCAACCGAACCAAAACGGCUUUUCAUACUUCUAAAUAGUUUGUCGACUUUGAAUGAAGCGCAUAUUAUGUUUCAAAUUUCUGUUUGGUGCAGUGAGCAAACGCAAUUUCUCGGAUGUUUAAAAAAGGAUCUUCCUCUUUAACAGAAAGGUCGACCUCCUUAGAAAUCCAUCCCAUAAUGCUGUCUGCCACGUAGAACAUUAAUCUGAGCCCGUCAGCGGCAAAGCAAACACCUGUGGACGUAAACUGAAGCCUGAUGACUUGUGUUGUUAGCACGUAGAAAUAAUGUCUGUCCUGCCUAGGAAGUCUUUUUCUCAUCUUCCUGCAUGUAACCAAAAAACUCCUUAACAUUCCAAAUGUACAACUUCAGUACCUGUAAAGCAGUGUUGUGUAUGAAAUGUGUUUUUUUUUUUAAAACUUGUUUUACUUUACACUGAUGUAAUCUGUAACCUACGGCACUUAACUUUUUUUUCUACUUUCGUACAUGUUUUCAAAUCGUAUUUUUAGCAGUAACAAAGGAAUAUUUAUUUUGUAUAAACCGUGCAUUUUCUAGAAUGUAUGAUAUGAAUGCUUUCACAAAGAAUAACAUUUCCACAUCAGAUAUGCGUAAUGCUUGUUGAUGUUCCGUUCCCCUCAACAUGUUUGUGGGUAAGCGAACCCAUUUCUGUACAGAUGUCUGGAUAGGAUUCUGUAAGUCUGUGUCUAUGCACUGUAGCUGAAACGGAGGAUUAGGGACAUUUCAUGUGCCGUAACAAAUGCAGUAUGAUUUGUAUUAUCUGUUUAUCGCCUUGUGUGAGCUCCAUUUUUGAAAUGUUGCAUCUCCUUGAAUAAACCUGUGUGGAACCUUGUCA